GGACGUGCCGUCUACAACAAUUCCCUUUAUGCUGUGUUAUCUGAGCACCUGAUCAGAACAUGUCAUACGGCGGUGCACAUCAGAUCUUGUCAGGUCAGAGGGAAUUCAAGGCGGGAGAAAGAACGCCUUGUACGACCACGAGGGAAAGCGAAGCACCUAAGGGCACUCAUGGCCUCAGCCACGGGCUCCUGUCGACACUACGUAUUACUGUGUGCGUUAUUAGGGCUGUCGUGGUUUUUCGUGAGUGCACAGGAACUUCAGCGCAAGGUUUGUCCAAGCGUCAAGGAUUACGUCCCUCGAAGACUUUGUGGCUCGCCUGCGCACCAGUGCAAAGAUGACGCCGGAUGUAAGGUUGGUCAGCGGUGUUGCCCUAAUGCUCAGGACUGCUCGUACACGUGCGUCAAGCCCAGGCCACCCCGUGGCUGCCCUAUCCCGAUUGACCUGGCACUCGUCCUAGACUCCUCGGGGAGUAUUGGACGAAGGAACUGGGUCAAAGUCAAGAGAUUCGCAAAAGAUGUGAUCGACUAUUAUGACGUAUCAGAAAAAGGAACUCAUAUUGGUAUCGUCAUGUACAGCACUGACGCGUCAGUGAAGAUGCAUUUUAACAAAUACUCCGGGGCUGAGAUGAAUAACGUGAAUAUCAAGAGAGAUAUCGACGAACUUAGGCUGGAAAGGGGUCUCACCUUCAUCGAUAAGGCCCUUAAGAUCUCCGCGGAAAAGCUAUUUACGGAGAAAAAUGGCAUGAGACUGAACAGGAAAAAGGUCGCUCUAGUACUUACGGAUGGUAUUCAAACAAAAGACAAAGGUCCUUUUACCCCAUUGCAAAAGGCCUCUCAGCCAAUGAAAGACAAGGGAGUCGAGGUAUACUCACUCGGUAUUGGGUCUGAUAUCGACGUGUCUGAAUUGAUCACCUUCGCGUCCGGAGAAAAGUACGUGUUCAACGCAAAGUCAUUCGACGAACUGCAGCUGCAAGUAGAAAAUAUCACGCAGGCGCAAUGUCAGGCUUGUGCUCAGCCAGUUGACGUCUACUUCGGCAUACCGACCGCGAAGGAGCUUGGGAAAGAAUUAGAAGACAUUAAGGAAUUCUUCGCACGACUUACAACCUUGUUUCAGAUUGGAAACCGAGGUGCCCACAUUGGAGUCUUGCGUUAUAGUGACACCGCUGACCUUGUUAUUAAGCUUGACAGCAGAUACAGCAGGCCUGGCGUCUCUGAAGCAGUGAGGGCUCUCAAACCCGAAGGAAUUGGAUUCAAUGUUCGGAAAGCGCUCGAGGUGGCAUCGGAUAACGCGUUCACCAUAUUUGGAGGUGUUCGGCAAACUGCACCAAAGACAUUCGUUUUGUUUAUUCCUGGUCCGCUAAAACAGGAUAUGAAAGAGAUUGACGCCGCAGCCCUCAAGUUAAAGAAUAUGGGGGUUCGUGUUCUGAUGCUUGGAAUCAAGGAUAAGAUUGACGCAUCGUUAGCAACGACGGCAUCCCAGCCUCCAUCACGGUACUUCAUCCAGACUCUCGACUACGAGGAGCUUGGAGUGGCUGCUUAUGAAGCUGCUGAUACGGUGUGCAAAGCUAGAUACGGCAAGUGCCAAGCCUUCCGACCACCCCCUCCCGCCGAGUGCCCACCAGACAAUGCCGACGAGUGUGCCAUAGAUCAAGACUGCCAAGACGCUAACACCGUGUGCUGUAAGGGAGGGUGCGGAAGAAUCUGUGAACAGAAAGUUAAUCACUGUCUCGUAACAAUGGACAUAGGAAUUGCAAUCGAUACUGCUUCGGACAUCUCCGACGAGGAUCUCACUGCAGUGAAAUCUUUUACCCAGAAUUUGAUCCACGCUCUGUCAGACUCCGAGAACGCGAUAAGGUUCAGUCUUAUGCAGUACGGGGACACGCCAAAGACAUUGGCCACUUUCCGCCACCUGUACGCCGAGAAAGAGCUAAGAGGGCUUGUCAAAGCCAUGAAGAAGAGCUCCGGUGCAGAGAGGCGAGUGGACUCGGCACUAGAGGCUAUGACGUCAGAGGUGUUCAGUCUUGAGGGCGGGGUGAGGCAAGGCCAUCCACGUUAUGCACUCUUCCUCACAGCCGGCAGCUCGUCACCAGGAUCCGCCGACCUGAAGACGGCGUCUGCGGGCUUGCAGAAGCUAGGGGUGAACGUGAUUGCAGUAGGGGUCAACAGCCAGGCGGGUGUCGGCUUUCUCGGGGAGCUAGCCACCGAUAGCAAGCUCGUCUUUCCACUCGCUUCAAGCACGGAGUUGGCUAACCUAUGGUCUAGGAUGUUUACACAAAUGUGCAACGCCAAGCCUGGCUCCUGCCCCGUCGUGACCGGAUCGUCGCCCAGCUGUGGCUCUGAUGUAAGUCUCGAUUAUAUACCUUGCGGAGGGAGUGAUAAGCAGAGCGACUGGACGUGCCCCGGUGAGCAGAAGUGCUGCCUGGACCAGACAGGGUGUCACCACAUCUGCCGACACCCACCCAACAAAUGCAAAGGAAAGUACGAUUUGGCUCUCCUUAUCGAAGCAUCGACAUUUGUCGGCAAAUCAGGUCUUGCAAAAAUUAAAUCCUUUGCUAAGGACCUCGUGGACGCAUUCACCAUCUCUCAUCCGGACACUAGGAUUGCCAUCAUCACCUACGGUGCCACGCCCACCGUCAACCUCAAGUUCAACACCCUACAGGGUCCCAUGCUGUCUACGGGGGCGGUUCAGACGGCGAUACAGGAGGUGUUGCCGAGAGAUGGAGGGGGCGUGGCGGCCACUACCGCGGCGUUGCGGUUAGCGCUAAACGAGGUGUUUACUGUGGCUGGAGGAUCACGGGAUAUUGCAAAUAAGUCCCUUGUCAUCAUCAGUCAAGGACAGCUCGACGACGCGGCCACAGCAGCAGGCAUUGCCGCCCAGUUAAGGCAGAAAUUUGUCGAUGUGUUUUCGGUCACCGUUGGUAACAACUCUGACGUCACUGGGCUCAGGGAGAUCGUGUCCAAACCCGUCGACAAGAACGUGUUUAUGACGUCAUCCUUCGGCGCUCUGGACCCUAAUUUGCGUGCUCUGACGAGAACAAUCUGUGAAGGCGCAGACAAAGUCAGACCAUGUGGCAAACCAAUCGAUGUGUUAUUUGGUAUCCCUGUGUCUAACCACCUCGGGCAAGAAAUCUGGAGCGCAAAGUCCACGUUCAACUCGAUCCUCGGGUUACUUCUCGUUAGCAAUAUCGGCGUCCAUGUGGGAGUGAUUCCAUACAGCGAGACUUCCGACCUUACUCUACACCUCGACUCUCAAUACAAACGCGACGACAUCAAGCAAUACAUCAGCGAUCUCCCGGCCAGUAAGAAGACGGGUCUGAACGUCGCAGGCGCUCUAAGGACAGCCGCUGACCAGGGCUUUACUCUGUUCGGGGGCGUGAGGCAGACUUCACCUAAAGUAUUAGUGUUGAUGAUUCCUGCACGGUUUGUCCAAAGCGAUGCUCAGGAGAUUUUGGCCGCCGCUACAAAGUUAAAGAGUCUAGGGGCCCGCAUUCUCGUGCUGGGAAUCAGCGGUCAAGUGGACGAGACACUUGCUAAGUCUAUUGCUUCUCAACCGACCUCUAGCUUCUUCGUAACUGCUGACACUUACAGUGGGCUCAUUUCUUUGGCUCCAAAGGUGGUGAACACGAUUUGUAGAGGUUCAAUCUACGGCAAAUGCCCGCCGCCACCACCCCUCCCCCCAGGGGGUACUUGCCCGUCGCAACCCUCCGUUAACUGUUCUAUCGACGAGAGCUGUCAAUCACAAGACAUUGCCUGUUGUUACGAUAGCUGUGGCUCCAGCAGAUGCGAGAGAGCGAUUAAAAAUUGCUUUGUUCCUGCGGAGAUCGUCUUCGCUCUUGAUGCAUCUGAAUCUAGCAGCACAACUGCCUUCGCAGACAUGAAGGGCUUCGUAAUGGACGUGGUCCGAUCAUCUUCGACGUCCGAAAACAACCAACAUUACGGCAUUCUUAAGUACUCGUCCAUUGCGUCACCGGAAACACGUGGGUUCCGAAACUUCCGCUCAGAAAGCGAGCUCAAGGAAAUCUUAGAUAAAAUGGACAAAACGAAUGAUCCAGUCAAACGUGUGGACCUGGCUUUAAGGACAGCAAAACGAGAGUUCUUUAGUCCAAAAGGUGGCAUGAGGUUUGGUCAUCCGAGAUACCUGAUCUUCCUGACUUCCAGCCCGAUAACCGCUGGGCACGAGGACGUCGGCUCAGCUUCAGCGGACCUAAAAGAGCUGGAUGUGAACAUCGUAGCGGUGGCGACCGAUAGCGGUGUUGAGCCCGCGUUCCUGCAAAGUUUGGCCACUGAGCCGCGGUUUGUGUUUAAAGCGGAUUCAUCUGCAGGACUUAAAGGGCUUGUGGGCGACGUGACUGGACAGCUCUGUCACGAGAAACCAGGAAAAUGCCCGCCAGUUCUGAAUGAUGACCCAGCUGCGUGCGCAUCGAUACCGAGCCCAUCCGCUGACCUGAUACCUUGCGGGCCCUCAGCCGGUAAAGUGGGGUUGAGUGAGAAGGCGACAGACUGGGACUGUCCGGGGGAGGCAAGGUGCUGUCGAGACCCGCAGAAUGGUUGUCAUAGCGUGUGCGUACCGCCGCCGCUAGAAUGUAAGAAACAUAAAGACAUUUUGUUUAUGGUGGAGACGACAGAGCAACUAGGAGAAGAAGGAUUCGAGAAAAUUAAAACAUUUACAAAGCAGAUCAUCGACGCUUUCGCUAUCUCGUCCACUGAGACGCAAGUCGCAUUCAUGACUUUCCACCAGAGAGCGAGAGUAAACGUUCGGUUUAACAGCCUAAAGGGAGACCUGUUAGACAAGAAAAACCUGUUUGAAAAGAUCGACAACAUAAAAUAUUCGCCUGGGCGAUUUUCGACCACGUAUCGUGCGCUGCAAUCUGCAAGGACAGCGGUAUUCACCAAGAGUUCAGGCUCAAGAGAAAAUACAAAUAAGACGGUAGUAAUCUUCAGUACAGGUCGGUUUGAGAAUCCCUUGGAAGCUUCCCAAGAGGCGUACGAGCUGCGCGGUGAGCAUGUGGAUGUGUUUGCUGUGCCAAUCGGGAAGAACCCGGAUGUAGGGACAAUCAGAGACGUCGUGUCGCUGCCGACAGAGAAAAACAUCUUCAUGAUGACGUCAGCAGCUGCUCUUAAGCCGCAGCUACGCGCACUCGUCUCCACUAUUUGCCGGGGCGCAUUAAAACAGUAUCAGCUGUUUGGGACUCGUUUUGUGAGCUAAUUACAAGAAUUAAGAAUUUUUAUCAUUUCGACUUGUAACCAGGGCGCAACUUUACUAACUAGCGCCUGUUUAGAAGGCUAAAGAUACCCCGGCUCUUUUAACCCAUUCUCAUAAAAGGUGACUACAGACGCGCGUCCAGAGAGGGGGUCCGAGGGGUGUGAACACUACCCUGCUUAUGUGACGAGAUGGGUCACAUGACUCGACUCCAGUUUACCCCUUCGUUGUAGUUAAGAAAACGGUUAAUUUUACGUUGUCUAUUUGGAUGGAAAAUGUUUCUAUAUCGAUCUAGUGACCAUACCAGAGUUAAGGAUGCCGAUUUUAACUUAAUUGGCAGAGGUCAGUGACCUGCUCUAGAUCCCAUCCUGCGUUUUUAUCUAGACACGCCCCUGGGUAAGUAAGAAAACUUGUACAUCUAACACCAAUCAUUUUAUUUGUAUUUCAGGAAUAUUUUGGCAUACUCAUACAAUGCAAAAUGAUGCGUUACAAUAGCGUCUGGGUGUUCUGCCGUUCCCCUUGUAAAUAGUUAUAUUAUAGGAAUUGUCAGAACCCAAGAGAAGCAAAUAAGCUGUGCAGUGCACAUGUAUAAUUUUUAAUGUCAUAUCUCAUAGCUCAUUCAGCAUAUAAGUUUUUUCAUUAUUUAAAACACUUAUGCUAUGACGUUUUGUAAAAACGGUGUGUGGACAAAACGACUUGCUUGUGGGAGAAACUUUACUUGUUGGCUAAACCACUCUACUUAUGGGCUAAACAACUCUACUUUUCGGCAAAACCACUCUACUUUUCGGCAAAACAACUCUACUUUUGGGCGAAACAACUCUACUUGUGGGCGAAACAACUCUACUUGUGGGCGAAACAACUCUACUUGUGGUCAAAACUACUCUAUACUUGUGGGCGAAACCACUCUAUUUUUCGGCGAAACGACUCUACUUGUGGGCGAAACAACUCUACUUGUGGGCGAAACUACUCUACUUGUGGUCAAAACUACUCUAUACUUGUGGGCGAAACCACUCUACUUUUCCGCGAAACGACUCUACUUGUGGGCGAAACAACUCUACUUGUGGGCGAAACAAGUCUACUUGUGGGCGAAACAUGUCUACUUGUGGGCGAAACUACUCUACUUGUGGACGAAACUACUCUACUUGUGGACUAAACUAUUCUACUAGUGGACGAAACUACUCUACUUUUCGGCGAAACCACUCUACUUGUGGAUGAAACUACUCUAACUGCGGCAUUUACUUUGUCCAUAUAAGUUAUAAUAUGCUCAUGCGAGUACUUGAAUGCGUAUCAUUUAGAAAGCAAAAUGCUCAGACAAAAAACUUUGUUUGGUGAUAUCUUUAUUUCUUAUUGCGAUUCCUAACAACUUGUCUACGGUUCUACAUAAUUAAACAAAUCCCAUUGUAAACAAUCA